UUUUUUUAAAGAAAUUGUAGAGAUUGAAGUUUUGUAUAAAACAUAAUCCAAAUAAGUUUGUAUAAUUAGUUACGAAAAUUGAUCUUAAGUAAUAAUAAGAGUUCUUCAUGCUCAUAUUAUAACUAAAUACUCAAUUAACUAUAUGUUAACUAAUUAUUUUAUAAUAAAAAUGAAAAUAAAAGGAAAUUUUUACUCUGAGAAAAUGAAAAACUUAUAUAUUUUGGUUUGAGUUAUUUCAUAUCUAAAGUUUUAUUAUUAGUGUUAUAGCUAUUAAAAAUAUAUUAGUGCCAAAAAAAUCAUCAACUUUAAAAGUCAUUUUAGGCCUAUUGUUAGUCAACUAUAAAUGUUGACUAAUGAUAAGACUAAAAUGAUAUGUUCAACAAAUGUUUAUGAUUAAAAUGGUUUGUCAACAAAAGUUAAAUGUUUUUUUAGUUCACUUAAAAGUUGGUGCUUUAUUUCAACUAAAUUUAAAAGUUGAGGAUUUAAAUGACAUUUUCCCAUACAUAAACAUAAUAUUAUUAACUAUUAAAAAUAUAAGAUGAUACCAAAUUUUAUUUACAAAAUAUAAUAAACAUUUAAAAUUUUAUCAGGUAUUUUAAUUUUCAUCCACCAUAAAAUAAAUUUUUUAAUUAAUUUUUAAUACCAGAUAAGAACUUUGGUUAAAAUAAGAUAACAAAUAAUUAAAUAAAAUUAUUAUAACAUUAAAUUUUAGAUCUAAAAUGAAUAGAAGUACAAAACUUAUAAUAGAUUUUUAAUAACAAAAAUAAGAUGAUAGUUUAACAGUGUCAUAUGCAUAAAUUUUGGUUUCUUUAUAUUUAAUAAGGGAAUCUCAAUAUAGCUGUGAGACUGACAUCUAAAUAUUAUACUAAAUGUUGUCAUUUUAAAAAUGAUUUGGUAUUAAUGUAUAAGAGAUUAAAAGAAAAACCAAAAGAAUGAGUUAAUAAAAAAAUGUAAACCUUGUAAAAUUAAUAGUGUUUAUCACAAAGUAAUAUAUUUAUUAUUAAAAAUUCUAAAAUAUAAAUCAUUUUAAAACAAAGGAAAUAUCAAAAAGCCUACUCAAUUUAAGAUUGGUGCACAAGAUGUUUAUAUUUAUAGCAGUUUAAACUUAGUAAAACAUUUUUACUUUAGACUUUUUCUUUGUUCCUUCAUUUCCGUCGCCGAGAAAAUUUACAAACUCUUUUCUCUUCUAUCCAAUGAGAAAAUCAAUUAAAAUUCUUCUGAGUUCCUAUAUAAACAUGCCAAUAUUAACACUUCAUUAUAAAAGUAAACCUUUACUUAAAAGUAAUAAACAAUCAAUAACAAUGAAAUUUUCAUAUUCCCUAUCCAAGCGAUCUUUUCCUCCUAUUUUAGCUAUACAAUUCCUCAUCAUACAUAGUGUUUCGUCAUUAAACCUUACCAAUGAGUAUCUCAACCACAAAUGCAUUCUUAAUCAAGGGAAAUAUAACUCUGGAAGUCAGUACGAGGACAACCUCAACUGGAUCUUCCGUGAAAUUCGUACAGGUCUUUAUGCUAUUACCGGUUUCUCACACAUAAGUGUUGGAAAAACGACAACCGAUUUUGUUGUCGUCACUUCCCAGUGUCGUGGUGACACUUAUGAGUCUAAUUGCCGUGCAUGCAUUGACACAGCAAUUACAGGGUUUCGUCAGAGAUGUCCAAGUAACAAAGGAGGAAUAAUAUGGUACAAUCAAUGUCUUCUCUAUAUUAGUACGAUCAAAGAAAAAAUUCCAAUCAAGACUAAUUACAAGAAUAUUUUUUCUAUGCACAACCCAAAUAACGUGAGAGGGGACGCAAAACUGUUCGCCAUGAGGGCGAAGGAUUUUUUGUCUGAGCUAAUACUUCAAGUCGAGAAAACCACCAAGUAUAGACUCAUAUUUUACUCUGCGGGGGAAAAGAAGCUCGGUAAAAAUAAAUUAUAUGCAAUGGUGCAAUGUUUAGAUCUAAGAAUAGAUUGUAAAAGAUGUUUGGCAUGGAGUAUCACAAAGCUUUUCAAGAACGAUGACAUUAAAAAAGGAGCGAGAGUUUUGGGCACAGACUGUAAUGUAAGGUAUGAGCUAUACCCUUUUCUUAGGAGUUAAGCAUUUUUAAGUUAUGUUUACAUUUUUUCUGCUGAAAAUGUAAUAUCCAUAUAUAACAAUAAAAGAUAGUUUACAAAAACAGAUAAAAAACUGUUUAGAAGUUUAAAAUUGAAUUUUAACAAUGAUUUUCAAUUGACUUGGAAUUCUUGAGCCUAUAACCCAACUGACUUGUUUUCAUCCUCAGUAUCUGAAAGCUUUGCUUUAAUGACUUCAUUCAAUUGCUGAUAUGAUUAUAAAUGAUGUCUGGUAAUUCACUUACUGAGUGACGAGGCUGCUUGUUCAAACUGCCAUUACGUUCUCUCAAGAUUAAAUAUUUGGUUGAUUGAAAAGUGAGUUUGACAAGCACAUAUUGACAAGCACCAAGUUAUGAUAUCUUUUAACCUCGUACGGUCGUACCUUUUAUUGCGCAUUACAUGAUCUACCAAUCCAAGUUUAUCUUCUUCUCUCAGCAGCUCAGAACAGAACAUGUCCUAUAAUUACGUGAAUUCAGUUCUGUUGAAAAGUCCAAACCAGUCGAAAAUUAAAAUCUGUACCUACAAGUAUAUCGUAUUAAAAUUAAAACUCCAAACCAGUCGUAUCUGAAGCAGUUUGGUUACUUAUAGACAAUGA